GGUGCAUUAUGGGACACACGCCCACUCCCGUCCUCUGCCGGCUUUUCCCGACAUGCCUGGCGGUCGUUGCUAGGUGAUGGCCUGGGCGGCAAGUUCGGUUGGGGGAGGGUCCUGGGGGGUUGCUGGGAUAGAGGGUGGAGCCCGGACGCCUGGGUUCCCAUAACCCCCACGGUCCCGCACCUCCGGGGCCGGGAAGGAUGGAGUCCAGCACAGCUCUGUUCUCCGUCCAGGGGAGCCCCUUUGCCUUGGGGAGCCCAGCCCGGAGCCACUACCACCCUUCGCCUGCCCGCCUGCCCGGCCCACAGCACCAGUGCACGGCCCUGAGCCCAGCCCACCUGCUGCCUGGUGUCCCUGCCAUCACCCUGCACCGACAGUGCCACCCUGAGCCCACAGCCUCCAGCCCCCAAGACCUCAGCUUCCUGCAGGGCCCCAGCUGCUGGGGGACAGCUCUGGACUCAGACUCCACCAACCCCUUCCUGGAAUCAUGGCCCUCGACCGAGUGCAGCUCCCCUAGCACCCCCGAGAAGACACCAGACUUGAGGCAGCUGCUGGACCCCCUUGCCUCAGCCCGGGAUGGAGAGUCCAUCAUUGCCAAGUACAUAGAGCGUUUCCGCCAUGGGCAGCCGAGCAGCCGCAGCCAGCGCCAGGUGCCCCCCAUCCCCACAGCCAGGGAGUUCUGGUGGCUCGAGCCAGCACCUCCCUCUGACAGCUCCACCUCAAAAGGGGGGGCAAAGCCAGACUGCGCCAAGCUGGAAGAGGCCAGACCCCCACUGCGCCCCAUGGGGGUCCCCUCAGACACCUCCCUGCUGGAGUCGCCUGACCCUGACACCCGCAGCCUGCAGGAGAGAGCCGCCCGGCUGCUGCUGAGAAGUGAGUCCUCCCUGAGCAGCACCAUCCCUGUCAGCUCUGAGGGGCUGCGCUCCACACCUCCAUCCAGCAUCCCGGACUCAGACCAGACGCUUCCCAGCCCCCCUCACCUCUCCCUGCUGGAGCCCUCCCCAGGGCCCCUGCCUCCUGCCUGCUGGCCUCCUGCCCAUAUCCCACAAAGCUCCUCUUCCACUCGGCCGGAGGAUGACAUCCUUUUCCAGUGGCGCCUGCGUCGGAAGAUGGAGCAAGCAAGCCAGGCCGGCAGGUCACUGUCCAUGCUGGGCUGGAAGAGUCAGCUGGCCUGGGGCCCAAAGACGGGUGAUGGGGCGUGCAUGACACGUCCUGGCCUUGGGCUGCUGCCAGGCGUGGCAGCGUGGAAGAGCGGAGAUGGCACUGCGUUCCCAGCACCUGCUGCCCAGCCAGAAGUGAGAUCUGGCCUGGAGUGGGCACCAGGAUCCUCUGUGCUUCACCAAGGAAUGGGGCACCCCCUGGAGGUGCCCUUCCUGAGUGCUGAGCCAGCUGUGAGGCAGAACCCCAUAGCAGUUCAUGUCCUGGGGCAGCUGGCAUCUGUUGCAACUCCCUCCAGCACACCACAGCCUGAGGGAGAUGGAGGAGGAGCUGCAGAGAGGUGGAGCUCCCGGGACGCUCGGCGGGCAGCGGGACCGGCGGAGCGGGCCGCCUCCCGGGACGCUCGGCGGGCAGCGGGACCGGCGGAGCGGGCCGCCUCCCGGGACGCUCGGCGGGCAGCGGGACCGGCGGAGCGGGCCGCCUCCCGGGACGCUCGGCGGGGAAUGUGGGCAGUGGGUGUGGCACAGAACAUACUUAAAGAGACCCAGCAGCCUUCCAAACCUCAGCCGUCGCAAGGCAGAGCUGCCCUGGAGCCAGAGGCCACCCCCAGCUGGAGGAGCAGGAGGGGGGAGUCAUCCAUCCACAGUGCUCUGGGGCAGGUGAUCUCUGAGAGGCUGUUCUCCCCCCCAGCAUCCCCCCACCCCACCAGGGGACACCAGUCAGGGCAGGGAGCAGUCUCUCCUUCAGAGCAGGGUGCAGCAGGGGAGCUCCCGGCCCCUGGCUCCCAGCACCCACAGCUGCUGCAGCUGGCGGCUCAGCUGCUAGAGGAGGCGGAGGAAUCAGAUGGCACUGAGUUCGAGGAGGAUCCACUGCUGGAGGUGCUGCGGGGCCAACGAGAGGAUCUGCGCAGCCAGCUCCGGGCCGUCGACAUCGCAGUGUCCAGGCUCAUGUCUCAGGGCUUGGCUGAGCCGCCCGGCCGCCCCUGCUGAGGGUCUCUGGGUCGCCCUCUCUUCCAGUCCUGCUCUGUCUGGAAUCGGCCUUGGGGGGCCGUAACAAUAUCCUGAGCCAGGGCGACUUGCUGUGAGUCCACGUGCCCCCAUCUCAAGGCCGAGUCAGCCCAGAGCCGGGGGUGGGUGAAUCUGCCAGCUCCCCUUGGGCCAGAUAGGCUACCUAGCGCUGCCUGCCAGCCAGGGCCUCGUGCCCCUUGGGGUAGGGUCAUUGGCCCAGCGGGAGCGCUGGCUGCGGGUGGAGCCCCCAGCCUGGCCCAGCGGGGGGUGCUGUAGGGCACAGGUGUGCUGGGGGGAGCUGUUCCCUGGCCGGGUGUGUAUGGUUUUUGCUGUUUUCUUAGGCAGUGUAAUAAAAGUGUGUUUCCUAACUGGCGUGGGAUGGGCUUGUCUGCAGCCGGCUCUGAGAUGUGGAAAUGGGGUAUAGGGGGUGCCAGCUCCUAUCUGGCCUCAUGACGGGGGGCUGGCUAGCUCAAGGGGGCAGGGAAUGAGGCAGGGGGCCUUUCCUCUCUAGGGAGUUUGCCCCCCAGAAAGAGCUGGUGCUCCCUAGCGGGGAAGCCCCAUGCCUCCUCCUGUACUGCCCCCCAGGGGAGGAAGCUUGGCCCUCUGCCCGGCCCCCUGUGCCCAACUCUGGCUCUCCCUGGCCUGGGGCCAGCGCCCGUGUCAGGCCCACAAGUGCCGGCUCCUGGCUCCCCCAGCCCCUCAUAAUCAGCCCUUUGUGUGUCCAGUCCUCAGUGGCCGUGUGUGUGCUGCCAACCCCAUGGCCCCCACCCCACAGGGAACCACAAAGUCAGGGGCCCCACUCCCUGCCUAUGGCAGCCA